AUGGUCACCUGUGGUAUGAUUUGGCUUGGCUCACACACCCCAGGCUUUCUAGGAAUAGAUCAUUGGACAACGGUGCCAAAACUAGAGCAACUCUUUCUAAUAGGCUGUGAGAACCUCCAUGCAAUACUAUGGAAGGGUGUCAAUAGAAGCUUGAAAAUACUACACGUCAGCAGUCAACGAAAGGACGCUAUAAGGCCACAUGAUUCUUCAUUCAUCCGUUCUGUAAACAGGAAAUAUGAUGGUGAAGUUUAUCUCAGAGAUGCAAGGCUCAUUCCAUCCUUGGUGCUCGGUUCGUGGGAAGUCAGUUCUAGGAUUUUGAUUACGGAUAGCCUAUACUUGAAUCUAGGUAAGUCUUUCGAGAUCAAUGUUGAAGGGAGAAGCGUUAAUACUGUGGGGAUUGAGACCUGCAAUGUCCAGGUAGUUUCGCCAGUCCGAAGCCCCUUCAGAUGCUGCUACCAUGACAUCGUACUCGAGAGAGUAGCUAAUGCUUACGAGGUCCCAUGGCUUCUACCCCUACACCGCCACGUUGAGAUUGGUGAUGGAAUUAAUCUCACUGAUGCGGAGUCCGUUUGGGGACUCUUAGCUAUUCGUCAAUUGAUAUGGUGGGCUCAUUCCUUGCGUGUCCAUGACAAUUCAUCCAUCCUUGGUGUUACCCCCAAGCAAGAUUCGGUCCUUCCAUGUAGAAAACUUAUGUUUUAUUUGAGGUGGUGCCAUGUUGAGAGGUGUCCUAAGUUACAGGAAGUUUUCACCCCUUACACAAACCAGUGGUGUUGUUCCUUUGCUGAUAUGGAGACCAUUUGGGUGACCGAUCUCAGAGCAGCUGGCUGCAUUUGGAGCAAAGGAAUGACUCGGGCAUUUGAGGAAGAAUCUGUCUUUGGAGAACUACGGAGCAUACACUUGCACAACUGCCCAAGGCUCAAGUUUGUCCUCCCAAUCUCGUCAUUCAUCUUACCCAGCCUAGAGACCAUCCAAAUAGUCCACUGCGGUAAUCUCAGGCAGAUCUUCCCAUGGGAUGUGAAUUAUGAAGCUGGAAAAGAAGACACUGUGAAGAAUUUUCCAAAGCUAAAGCACAUACACCUGCACCAACUCGACUGCCUGGAGCAAAUAUGCGAGGCCAAGAUGUUUGCUCCCAGGCUUGAGACGAUCAGGAUAAGGGGUUCUUGGGGCCUUAGGCGCCUCCCAGCUGUCGGCCUUCGCCAUGGAGCCGGCCUUCCUGUUGUGGACUGUGAGAAGGACUUGUGGGACAUGCUAGAGUGGGACGGUCUGGAGGCCGGGCACCACCCGUCACUCUUUGAGACACAUCAUCACUCGCUGUAUUACAAGAAAGCCCUACCCAGAGUCUCGGUCCUCCGUUGA